AUGCCUUGCCCCCAGAUUACCUUGAGCUUCCCGCCUCACCUUCAGCUGGAGCCAGUGACCUUAGAGACCGGUUUAUUUAUUAACAACAAAUUCGUCGAGUCAGCUAGUAAAGGGACCUUCGAGACAAUUAACCCAACCAACGGGAAAGUGAUUGGCUCAGUUUCAGAAGCAAAAUCCAAAGAUGUCGAUGUCGCGGUCAAAGCGGCGUCAGAAGCUUUCGAUAAGGUCUGGGGUCUCAAAACCCCAGGCGCGUCGAGAGGGAAGAUGCUGAUGCAUUUGGCCGAUAAGAUCGAGGCUAAUUUGGACACAUUUGCGGCAAUUGAAGCCAUGGAUAACGGCAAGGCUUUCACGAUAGCCAAGGGGUUUGAAAUCCCCGCAGCAGCAGAGUGCAUGAGAUACUAUGGGGGCUGGGCAGACAAGAAUACCGGCCAGACGAUCGAAGUAAACGAGUCCAAGAUGGCUUUCACUAUCCACGAGCCAAUCGGUGUGACUGCUCAUGUUGUCGUGGAAGGUGGCACCAGCACUAGCGACGGGAAACACGGUGGUUUUGAAGCCAUCUGA